AUGAUUGCGAAUGCAACUAAUACCGGCAAUAACAAUAUCCCACCUGACUUAAACACUUAUACAAACACCGGAUCAAAAAAAUUUCUCCAUGCAUGGCUAGACCAAUUUCCUUGGUUGCAAAAUGUCAAUGGAGCAAGCCAUUGUAUGGCUUGCGACAAAAAGUUGUCGAACCAUGUCACUGAUUUAAAGAAACAUGGUUCCUUGGCCGUACAUUUGCAAAACGUGAAAAACAAGAAAAAACAAAUACAAAUCCAAAAGUUUUUGAGUAGCGAAGAAAUAACGUUAUCUGGACAAGUAAAAUACGCUGAGCUAACACUUGUCAUGUUCCUUAUUUGCCAUAAUUUACCAUUCCUUCUUAUGGAUUUUUUACCAGCGCUUCUAAAGGAUUGUUGCCCUGACUCCAAAAUUGCUGCGGCUAUUCAAUGUGGCAGAACGAAGUCAACCGAAAUUGCUGACAUUUUGGGCAACAAAGCCAAAAAUAAAAUCGUACGUAAAUUAAAAUCGUCAAAAUUUUCCCUCAUUGUGGAUGAGACCACUGAUUUGUCUACAAAGACAUGUUUAGUCUUAGUUGUAAGAUAUUUUGACAAACUAACACAAAGGGUAUAUGAUUCGGUUUUAAGUUUAAUUGAAUUAAAAAAUUGUGAUGCAAGUUCCAUUUAUGAUGCAAUCAAACAGUUUUUUUGUGAACAAGGUAUUCCGUUAAAAAACAUAAUCGGUUUAGCAACCGAUGGUGCUAACGUAAUGGCAGGACAACUUAAUGGUUUAAGGGCAAAGCUUAAGCCCGAUACUGAUUUCUUUUAUAUUAAAUGUACCUGCCAUUCGUUGCACCUAUGUUCGGCUUAUGCAAGUAAACAGCUCACACUUCCUCACAAAAUUGAAGAGCUCUGUCGCAACAUUUUUAGCUUGUAA